GAAGAAGAAGAAGAAUAAGAAGAAGAAGAAGAGGUGGAGGAGGAAAAGAAUACAGAAAGAGAUGAAGCUGGUGUGGUGUCCUGAGGCCGCCUCCAAGGCCUUCGUCGACGCCGUGAAGGCCCUCGCAGACUGCGAUCUUGAGGACGUCAGCGUAGCCGAGCUCGUCUCUGCCCUGACGGGAGGUUGGAAAGCUCAGUUGAUCGUGGAGGCAUGGGCCCACGACGCCAGCGCUGCCAUCGGCAUCGCCCUCCGAGCUGCCGUGGGGCAUGCGCGAGGCCGCCACGUGUGCGUCGUCCCUGACAAGCAGUCCGCGACGAAGUACGUCGACGCCAUGCGGCGAGCGGGAGCCCCGGUGGAGUCGGAGUCGGUGAUGACAGGGGAGGCGGAGGAGGUGAUGAGGGAGCUGGAGGGGUUGGACCUGAUGGUGGUGGAUUGCCGGCGGAGGGACGCUGGGAGGAUACUGAGGGCAGCGAGGCCGGGGCCGAGGGGGAUGGUCGUCGUGUGCAAGGGAUCGGGGCGACGGCAGGACGGCGGGGCCGCCGGGGUGUUUGGGGCGGGGACGAGGGUGGUGAGGUCGACGUACCUGGCGAUAGGGACCGGCGUGGAGGUGGUUCACGUCGGCGUCGGGAAGGGGCCGAGCUUGGGACGCGGCAGAGCCCGGUGGAUCAGGCACGUUGAUCGUUGCACCAAGGAGGAGCACGUGUUCCGGCGGAGGUGAUGGUCAAGUUUUGGCGACUUUUUUUUUUUUGUUUGUUUAUGUUCACUCUUUCAGUAUACGUGUAACACAUAAAUUUGU